UGCAGUCACCACAGAGGGGCAGGGUGGCCACAAGGUGGGCAGCAGCAGGGAUGGGCAUUGUGAGCCAUCGGGUGGGUCUGUGGGGUCGGCCAUUGUGAGCCACUAGCCUGACUUGGUUGUUUCCUGGCAACCAGGUGACAUAGGAGGCUUUGUGGUUACUAGGCAAAGGCCAGGGCCAGCAGCCUUCAGUCCUUAGCUGGCAGUAGAAGGAGGAGGAGCUCCGACUACAUUCUGUCACUUGUGCUUUUUGGACUUUUUUGUGAAUUUAGGUUCCCAAUGGGGAACAAACUAAGUAGCUGCCUGGGUAACAGGGGUGGCCGCCACUGCGACUGCUCCAGGCCAGAUGUGGGAAACUCCCAUGAGGCUGAGAUUGCUAACACUGUGGCAGCCGCAGCACCAGCCGCAGCACCAGCAUGCACCACUGAAAAACGGGAGAAAUGGGAUUUGAGAGCCCAGAAGGCCCAAGUCAUGCAGGACCUAAGCCUCCCGAAGACGCGGAAGAUGCCGGAGAUGCCCAAAGGUUUGGACGCCGACACCAAGCGCUACUUAAGAAUGAUAUGGAGACGGCAUGGAAUUUGGCCUCUAGAAAAUACAGGUAAUGUGGAAAUUAAAUCAUUAAGUUCAUUUAAGCAAAUAAUUCCAGUUUAUUCAUUCAGUGCUCCAUAUUAGAGAAACUCAGUAAAUGCUAUGUCAUGUUCUUCAUUUAUUUCAUUUGUGCCAAUUUAAAUGCAUUAAAUCAAUGGUAGAUGAUACAACUACACAAGUAAGUAACAUUGACAACUUAGAGUUCGGUGUGUGUGUGUGUGUGUGUGUGUGUGUGUGUGUGUGAAAAGGUCUCAUUUGUCACCCAGGAGCGUAUUGGUGCAAUCACAGCUCACUGUGAUCUUGACCUCCCCAGGUUCAGGUGAUCCUUCCACCUCAGCCUCCCAAG